AUGGAAGGAGAUAGUGAACCGGUCAUGUACCCAGAUCGGCCGGCCUUUUCGAAAAUCGGGUCCUCGGAUUCUCCCCGGAGGGAAAUGUCGGCGACCCGUUUAGUUUCGGGGUCGCAACUGAUGCCGUACCAGCUGUUGCAGCAGUCGGUACCGGACCAUGUUUUGAAUAUGCCCAAGUAUGGCUCGUUGAGUGCUGCCUUGAACGCUACCAAUGCUGACCGGUCUGCCGGUGGGCAGGCAUUGACAGUGAAAGUAAUGGCGAGUAGCACCGUGAGUCUGACCAAGAAAUCUCUGGUCAGUUUCAUGUUUGUCUUCUAUAUAAUGUAUAUGAAAAUGUAG